AUGUCCUGUCACAUUGACCUGACGCUCUUCGCGCAGCACGCCCGCAACUGCGAGUACAUUCCAAAACGGUUCGCGGCCGCCGGCGUGCGCAUCCGCGAGCCCAAGACGACGCGCCUCAUCGUCUCCAACGGCAACUGCGUCGUGAUGGGCGCAAAGUCCGUCGACGACUCCAGACUCGCGGCCCGCAAGCACGUACGCAUCGUGAAAAAGGUUGGGUAUACUCCACGGUUCGACGGCUUCCAGGUGUGCAACAUUUGUCGCCAGUGCGGGCGGCGCUGUCGCAAGUCCCCCGCGCAGAAUGGGGACAGGAAGCAUGGCAUCGUUCGGCAGAAGGAUUUUGUACCACUCGAUGGCUUCACCCUGCGCUACAUUCGCUUCGCGAGCUACUAUCCUGAGACGUUUGCUGGAUGCGUAUACAAGAUGAUGCGGCCGAACUUACGUCUGCUCAUCUUUCCGAACGGCAAGAUCGUGUUCACCGGCGCCAACUGA